GUACGCUGAUUUGCUGGAUGCUGUAGUAGGACAAUGUCCAAUAGCAUGCCCACGCUAUCUUACACCAAAUCAGCUUCACUGCAACUCAUAGUGUCUCUGCAACUCAUCUGUUAUACCUGGACAGCUAUGCCAGUAAACUGGUUUCGCAGGCCAAAUUUUCGUUCUUAUCGCUUGCAAGUGUCGGCUAUGAUCGCGUUCGGAGUUGACGAAGUCGCGUCCUUUCAGCUAGCAGUCAUAAUGCUGAGGUCGGGAACAUUCACUACAUUAGGCCUUGACGCCAUAUGAGGUCGCCUAGGUUAAGUCUACGAAAGCGUAUGAUGUAUGAGAGAAGAGAGGUAACGGUCAUAGGGUGGAUGCGUGAUGCGCUUGGCGAAGGGAACGGAUAGUAGGAAGGUUGAUGUCGCGCUCCAGGUGGCGCGGCGAAUAUAGGUACUUCCAUACGAGUGAGAGGCUCAUUAGACUUUGACGGGGAUUCACAAGGGCCGGAAAUUACACUCGAUCUCAGGUGCGGGGUAACGUCAGCGUUCGUCUCCUUCUGCUGCUGUGCCGCAUAUACAUCUCUCCUCUUGUAUGUCUGAUCGAGCACCAAGGUUCACCACCCCUCACUAUCGUUGGUCGUGUCUGCGCCAACGUGAUUUCGAUGAACACACAACAGGUCCAUACUGUUUCGAAAACCGCCAUAGGCAAGGCGCAAGCAGACCUGGAGGAGAUGCCAACUGAGCCUCUUCUUCCGCCACAGAUCAGCGGGUC